AUGAGAAAAAGCAUAGUUGCAUUAUCCUUCAUCACUUUAGCAUGCAUUCCUAUAACCCUGGCCCUAGUUAUAGUAGAUAGUGUUGUUGCUUCGUCAUGUAUAUAUUAUAUGAAGCAAUUCGAUUGGGGCUGUAAUUCAACUGGAAAUGGAGCCACGCAGUAUACUUGUCGUUGUGGGAAUAUCGACUGGCUAGGUUCAAUUGCAAACUGUAUUUAUUCAGAGUCUACAGAUAUUGGUGAAAGAAACCAUGCAUUGAAACAUGUUGGUACCAGAUGUUAUGAUAAAUCCAAGAAGUUGUACGACUAUUAUGUAGUGGAUUUUAUUCAAUUCUACGAAAAUGCCACAGAUUUUUUACAAUAUCCUGAUAGUACGAAGGACAUAGAGGAUCAAGUAAUGCAUCCGCUAGAAGUCAACCAAACUGAUUUCAAAUACUAUUUUGAUUCGUUUCAAAACGUGAUGGAUCACGUAAAUAAAACUCAAUGGUUCGGAUGGGGAUUGAAUUUUUAUUGGGUGGUAAUUAUAGUUAUUUCGUUCAUCUAUAACUAUCGUAAUGUCUUUUUUAGGUUUAUUCCAAGCAGGGGAUGGAACAGAAUUAAAGGUAGACUUAUCCAAUCUGCUUUAUUUAGAAAUAACGAUUACAAUACAACCUAUUAUUUGGCAGACUUAAUUCCAAUUAUGCUUCCAUCUACAAUUGAGUUUGUAACAAUAAGCAUAUUCUGGAUACUUGUUAUUAUAUUUAGCAUCGUUGGUUACGAUAUGAUGUUACCAAAUGCAUACUUAGGUGGCUCAAAAUUUUUCUAUCUAUUGGAUUUCAUAUCUUAUCGUACAUGCAUAACGGCAUUUUCACUUUUACCGUCCAUGUACUUCAUGGGUAUCAGAAAUACACCCUUAAGUUAUGUUGUAAAUUGGUCAAGAAGAACAUUUAUUAGCUUUCAUAAAACUAUUGCAAUGGCUAUGUCAUUCUUAGCAUUUAUUCACUCGUGUCUGUGGACAGCAUAUACGAUCAGGGAAGGAGAUUAUGCCAUGUGGGCGGUUGAUGCAUAUUGGCAAUGGGGUAUGGUUUCUAUGAUCAUAUUAGGUUUAAUAUUGUUUUCAAGCUUGAAGUGGUUCAGAAUGGUAAUGUAUGAUAUCUUUUUAAUUCUUCACCAUGUCUUUUCAAUUGUAUUCAUUGUCGCAAUCUAUUAUCAUGUCAAUACUUUAGGUUGGCUAGGUUGGUGUUACUCAAUUAUAGCGAUUUACAGUUGGGACAAACUCUUAAGGAUAUUCAAAAUUGCAAUAUCUGGAAAUCUAAUUAAGAAAUCAAAGGUUGAAUAUUUUGAUGAAUCCGUAAUAAAGCUCUCAAUUCCAAGAGAAGGAAUGAAGUUUAGAUUUAUGCCUGGUCAGUACACUUUCUUAUAUUUUCUACAACCAUAUCCUUUACUCAAUGCAUGGCAAUCACAUCCUUUUACACUAUACAUGGAUCCACUCAAACCUGAUUGCUUAACUGCAAUUAUCAAGGUAAAAAAAGGAGUAACUAGAAAAAUCUAUGAACACAUUUUGAGGCAAUCGAUGAAGGUAUCGAAUGAUAAUUUAGAAAUUCCCUUAGUUAUGGAAGGCGUAUACGGUAACUCGCUUGUCUCCGCUAGGUUGAAUUCUACUUAUGAUUAUGUCUUAAUUGCCUCUGGUAUUGGUAUUACAAGCAUAUAUCCGUACGUUUUGGAAUUGUUAUAUCAAAAACGUUCCAACCAAACAACUAUUCGGUUAUUCUGGAUAGUGCGUGAUCUGAAUGAGUUAUUAUGGUUCCAUAAUGAAUUGAAGUUUCUAUAUGAAAAUUACUGUGAUACAAACCAGGCUAGUCCAGUUCUUAGAGUUGAAUUAAUCGUAACACGGAAUUUGGUUUUAGAUAAUCUCAAAUUAUCAGGCAAAGAAAACUCUAGUUCUACCCCAAAUUCAUCAUCGUUAAGCAGCAUUGAUCGUGUACAUGAGACAGCUGAAGAAGAAAACAAAAUGUUGGAUGACCAAGAAUCACGGCCGGAAGAGAAGGUUUUAGAUGAUAAACCAUCAAAAUUUACAUCAUUUAAGAAUAAUUCGUGCUUCAAAGUAUCAGUGUUACCGGUUAGAAGCAGGCCAUGUUUGAGCAAUUUAAUUCGAAUUAAUAAAAUCAAAAAUACUACACAUUUUAUAGUUUGUGGACCAUCCAAAUUCAGUGAUAGUACUAGGAGUAUGGUCAAUUUAUAUAGAUUAGAAUUAGACUGCAACUAUGAUAUUGAAUACCAUGAAGAAAGUUUCGAGUGGUAA